AUGUCUCACCCAUCUGAUCAUUCAAGCCUUGGGGCCAGUCAGCCUGACUUUCCGUUGUUCCCUCAGCCACAUCCUUCUUCGAAUAUCCCGCACAACGCCACCUCUGUAGGUCUGGAAUGUACCGAGAGAGGAAAACAGGGCCCCGACCCAGCAGAGUCAUCACAAAACGCGGGAAACGCCUUUCGCUACAGCUGCCCCUUCCGCGCACGGAAUAAAGCGUUAUUUAAUCCCAACGACUAUAGCUGUGCCAGGAGCUCUUUCCGCGACAUGACUCUUGUCAAACGCCAUGUCAUUAACGCACAUACUGCCAAAGACUUUACCUCCCAAUGCAACAGCUGCGGGAGGUGGUUCAAGAAAACAGACUUCACUCGACACUCUAAGCUCGGGAAGUGCCCCGAUUUAUCGUUGCCUCCUGACGAAUACGACAAAGGCAUUACGGAGGCUAUGGCGUCCAGGCUCAGAGACCGACGGAAUGGGUACAAGGUCUUGAACUGGGACGAUCUGUGUCGCCUAAUAUUCCCAAACACCCAAGUUGAAAUCCCUCCGGAUUUUGAGCCCAUCAAGGAAUCGCAUGAACCACCCUCUCAAGCCAGCCAAACCCCCUUGUACGUGGAUUGGCAUCCCGUCCAGGACGGGCUGUUAGAAGCCAAUGCCCCCAGCUAUGAUGCAGAAGUGAACAUGCAUACCACUUAUGAGACUGUUGGUGCUCAGCCAUCCCAAAGUAGUGCAAAUUUGAGCAUUCUUGAAGGUAACUUGGACUUUUCUCAGUCAUCAUUUGGGCUGCAACAAGUAUGGGCAGUUCAGGACUCCUCCUCCGGCUCCGGUGCGGGCCCGGCGGCGGCGGCCGGCGCGCUUGCCCCUCCCCCACAUGGAAGCAGCUUUGAGCUGUAG